AUGCAGCUUCUUGACCUUCCCAUUGAAUUGCUUUUAAAGGCUAUUCAACUAAAGGAGCAUCUACUAACUUUUCCUGAAGAUGUGGUACUUUUUUGUUUAAAUUUGCUAUCACAAAUUGACCAAUUUGAGCUAUUGGUGGAAGUCGCUUAUGGAGAUAGAGCCUACAAAAUUGCCAAUAGAUUGGCACCCGUAAACCAGAAUUGCCUACGUAUCUACGAACUUUUUGGUUAUUGGAAAACCGUACGUGCAAUGUGGAGUGGGGAUGAGUAUCGCCAUCAGUAUAUAUUCAUGCCGUAUUAUUCGUUCGAUGGUCAACUGGUGUUACAUAUUUGCCCUCCACCAAGCUCAGAGUUUAUUCUUGAGUCGAGGUCAUCAAAUAUAUUCCACGUUUUGCACGUGCUAAACGAGACAGAUAAUUGGAUAUGGAAGUAUAAAUGUUUUUAUAUUCACUCUAUUGAGGUGAGAAUGACAAUUGGAGAGUUUUUAAAAUUGAAGGAGUAUGGACCACAUGUUACAGCAAGGGCGCAUCCUACAGUUUUGAAACUUUAUAUCACCGAUGCGAAUAAGUCAGUUGGCCAUACUGAAAGCAGUGACUCCAUGAAGCGUUUUUUCCUUCAAAUAGUCGGUAUGUUUUUUCUCGACCGAGUAAGAUUCCUUUCACUUCAAUACAAUGGAACCACCACCCAAUUAACGCCCCUUAGAUGGAUAAUUGAAAGAGCGCCGCUUCUUGUAAAUCUAAAUCUCAAUUUUGAAAAGUUGGAUAUUACUCUGGUACUAGAGAUGAUGGAAUGUCAAGUGGGUGAAUGUUAUAUACAAGUUAGAACUGACAGGUCCUUCUACAACACUAUAAAAGACAAACAUAAGCAGCCAUUGUGGGAUAUACACAUCUUCGAGAACUUUGUUAUCUUAAAUUGUGUAAAGACCUUGGAUGAGAUAGUUCCAUUUUCAGUCAAAUACCCUGAAACAAGUCUGCGGCGACCCAAAUCAGUCUCAAGAUUCCGUCGUUGGUUAGACCGUUACAGGUGA